UUCCAUCGUUUUGGUCUUUUCCGGUUAUCCCGUAGCGUGUGCGAGGAUGAAGCAAAUCGUAACCAAUCAGACGGUGAAAAUACCUGAGGGACUGACUGUUACGGUCAAGUCCCGUUUGGUUACUGUUAAAGGACCGAGAGGCAUUCUUAAACGUUCUUUUAAACACCUUGCGCUUGACAUUCGUAUGGUAAGUCCAAAGUUACUGAAGGUAGAAAAAUGGUUCGGCACAAAGAAAGAACUGGCGGCGGUUCGUACAGUUUGCUCCCACAUCGAGAACAUGUUGAAAGGCGUUACUAAAGGUUAUCAAUAUAAAAUGCGAGCGGUGUACGCUCAUUUCCCUAUCAACUGCGUCACGACCGAAAGUAACACUGUAAUUGAAAUUCGUAACUUCUUGGGCGAGAAGUACAUUCGCCGCGUGAAGAUGGCACCAGGUGUGACCGUAACAAAUUCUUCUAAACAAAAAGAUGAACUGAUAAUCGAAGGAAAUUCGUUAGAAGACGUCUCCCGUUCUGCUGCCCUUAUACAGCAGUCUACGACCGUAAAGAACAAAGAUAUUAGAAAGUUCUUAGAUGGUCUUUAUGUAUCUGAGAAAACAACAGUUGUACAAGACGAAUAAAUUUUAUUGACGAUUUGAAA